UAAAGAGGUCGCUCGAUUGUACAAUGACAUGUCAGUGUAUGUUUUCAUUGUGAAAGAUUAUAAUUGAUAGCGUCUGUCAAUUAAGAUCUAAUACAAAACUCUGACAUGAACUUCUAUAAUUGUAUAAAUGAUACAAGAUAAAAUCGUAUCUUCUUGAAUGUGUACAUUUCCUUUAGCCCUCGACUGCAUUGCAUCGCCAGUGGUUAUGCUACGCGCAAAACAACGAGCAGCGAUGAAUAAAUAGGUUAAACUUAUACAUUUAGAUUCAAUAGUUUCUGGCAAUCAACGAAAAAUGCUACAAACGCUUCGAGAACGGUCUCAAAAACGCAAGAAACUUCUAGCGCAAACGCUAGGCGUUUCGAGCGUGGACGAGCUGCGACAGAUUUUGGGAACGGAUAUCGAUGACGCCCAAAAGAAGAAAGUAAAAUCGGUACCCGAAAAGUCGGAAAAUGGGGUGAAGGAUUUGAAGAGCGAUGCGACCACAGCGGACGAAAUCGUUUACAAGGAUUCCUCAACGUUUUUGAAGGGAACACAGUCGUCGAAUCCACACAAUGAUUACUGUCAGCAUUUCAUCGACACGGGUCAGCGGCCGCAAAAUUUUAUCAGAGACGUAGGUCUGGCCGACAGGUUCGAGGAAUACCCGAAGUUGCGGGAACUUAUCAAGCUGAAAGACGACUUGAUAGCGGAAACCGCUACUCCACCUAUGUAUCUAAAAACGGAUUUGCUUACAUACAAUUUAAAGGAACUCAACUGCAAAUUCGACGUGAUACUCAUCGAGCCUCCAUUGGAGGAGUAUCAACGCACGUGCGGUGCCACGAACGUUCAGCUUUGGAAUUGGGAUCAGAUAAUGGAAUUGGACAUCGGCGAAGUGGCUGCGAAUCGAAGUUUUGUGUUCUUGUGGUGCGGCAGCAGCGACGGACUGGACAUGGGACGUUUUUGUCUUCGCAAAUGGGGCUUCAGACGAUGCGAGGACAUUUGUUGGAUUCGCACCAACAUUAAUAAUCCGGGCCACAGUAAAAAUUUGGAUAGCAAAGCAGUCCUCCAAAGAACCAAGGAACAUUGUUUGAUGGGAAUCAAAGGGACCGUGAGGCGAUCCACGGACGGUGAUUUUAUCCAUGCUAACGUGGAUAUCGACCUAAUUAUAUCGGAGGAACCAGAGUAUGGUUCUAUAGAAAAGCCCGUAGAAAUAUUUCACAUAAUCGAGCAUUUUUGUCUUGGCAGACGACGGUUACACUUGUUCGGUCGAGACAGUACGAUUCGGCCAGGAUGGCUCACCGUUGGACCCGAAUUGACGAACACGAACUUUAACGCGGAUCUUUACACCAGUUACUUUGCAAACGGUCAAAUCACGACCGGGUGCACCGAGCGCAUAGAGGCUCUCAGACCGAAGUCUCCGCCACCCAAAGGAAAGGUUACCGGUCGUGGCAGGGGUGGGUUUAAUCGUGGACGAGGCAGGGGAAGGUAAAACGGAUUCUUGU